UACUCAGGUGGGCGGGCUCAGGCUGAGUAGUCCCACCCACAGCCUCUCAGCCAGGUGUGCAGGCUGAAUACGCAGUGAGCUGUCGACGGGUCAACAUGGACUCUGAGGGCAGAAAAGUGGUGGUCUGCGACAACGGGACGGGGUUUGUAAAGUGUGGCUUUGCUGGAUCCAACUUCCCGGACCACAUCUUUCCUGCCAUGGUGGGUCGCCCAGUCAUCCGGUCCACCACCAAAGUGGGCAACAUCGAGAUUAAAGACCUAAUGGUGGGCGACGAAGCUAGCGAGUGCCGCUCGUUGCUCGAGGUGUCCUACCCAAUGGAGAACGGGAUGGUGCGCUGCUGGGACGACAUGCUGCACCUCUGGGACCACACAUUCGGUCCGGAGCGGCUGGAUAUUGAUCCAACACAGUGCAAGAUCCUGCUGACAGAACCGCCCAUGAACCCAACCAAGAACCGCGAGAAAAUUGCUGAGGUCAUGUUUGAGAAGUACCAGUUCCACGGCCUCUACGUGGCUAUCCAGGCCGUACUCACUCUCUACGCUCAGGGUCUUCUGACGGGAGUGGUCGUGGACUCAGGGGACGGAGUCACCCACAUCUGUCCGGUGUACGAGGGCUACUCCUUGCCGCAUCUGACCCGCAGGCUGGACAUUGCCGGGCGUGACGUCACCCGUUACCUCAUCAAAUUGUUGCUGCUGCGCGGUUAUGCCUUCAACCACUCGGCCGACUUUGAGACGGUGCGCAUGCUAAAGGAGAAGCUGUGCUACGUAGCGUAUAACGUAGAGCAGGACCAGCGCCUGGCCACAGAAACCACCUACCUGGUGGAGUCCUAUACGCUCCCUGACGGUCGGCAGGUGAUGGUGGGGGGCGAAAGGUUUGGCGCCCCGGAAGCGCUCUUCCAGCCUCACCUGAUCAACGUGGAGGGAGCAGGUGUUGCCGAGCUUCUCUUCAACACCAUCCAGGCUGCUGACAUCGACCUCAGGGCAGACUUCUAUAAACACAUUGUCCUGUCCGGAGGGAGCACCAUGUACCCCGGUCUCCCGUCCAGACUGGAGCGAGAGAUUAAGCAGCUCUACCUGGAGAGGGUUCUGGACGGAGACACACAUAAGUUGGCUAAGUUUAAGAUUCGCAUCGAGGACCCCCCGCGCCGCAAACACAUGGUGUUUCUGGGCGGCGCCGUGCUCGCCAACAUCAUGAAGGACAAGGACUCCUUCUGGCUGAGCAGGGCCGAGUACCUGGAGAGCGGCCUUGGUGUGCUGCAGAAACUGGGAGGCGGAGUGAGAUAAAGCCGCGCCCAUAUUGUCAUCAAUAAUAUGCUUCCUAUUUUGUCCUAUUGUCUCUUGAAUUGUUUUCACAAGCAAGGUACUUUGAAAUAAAGUUUAUCACC